UGGCCUCACUAAAAACAUAUUCACCUUCCUAAGCUGACAAUAUUACUCAUAACUUUACCACCAUAGCCAUUUAUGGCUUCACUUCUGCUUCAAAAUUCACUUAUUUCUUCCUUCACACAAAAGCCCACCGCUCUUUUCUCCUUUAACAGUACUAAUCAAUUCAAAGUCUCCUUCUCUCUCAGUCAAUCGAGUGAUGAAUCUGCACAAAACCCACCUGAAAAAACCACUCCUGAACCGCUAAAGCUCGCUUUCGAGAAAGCUAAAGCAUAUAAGAAGUCGAUCGAAGAGACCAAGAAAACGAAACUCGAAGAGAACCCAGUUGAGGGUUCUGCUGAGGAUAGUGGCUAUGACAAGGUUAAGGCUGCUUUGGAGAAAGCUAAGGAAUACCGGAAGAAUAAAGGACUUGGUGGAGGUGAAAAGGGUGCUGCAGGAAGUGUAUUAGAUUCAGGAUUAAAAGGAAACAAUGGUGGUAACUUACAAAGUGGCAUAGGGGAGAAAAGUGCCGGUUCAAAAGAGAAGUUUUCAGUUUCAAGCAUCGAUUUCAUGGGACUCAACUUCGCGGAUAAAAAAUCGGGCAGAGGAUUACCAGCUGGUUUGGUUCCAUUGGUUGAUCCUUUUCAAGGAGGGGAUGUGCCGGAAGUGGAGAUAAUUGUUGGAGACAAUAGCAAGUUUAGGGACAAAACAGUGUCAAUGCCUAAGCCGAGUCAAGAUGAUAGUUUGGAUGUGUACAAGCCUAAGGUUUCGACAUGGGGUGUCUUUCCUAGACCUGGAAACAUUUCUAAGACAUUUGGUGGAGGAAGAACCAUUCGUCCCGGGGAUGUUCUUGAAACAGCUGAAGAACGAGCUGCCAAAAAUGACCGCACGAAGCAAUUACUUGCUGCCUAUAAGAAGAAAAUGGGCAUAUCUAUUGAUCCAAAGCUAAAAUUAGAGUGUGAUGAGGCAUUCAAGAACGGUGACUCAUUGAUGGAUUCUGGAAAGCUUAAAGAAGCAAUGCCAUAUUUCCAAACGGUUAUGGAUAAGUUGCCAUUUCAGAGUGAGCUGCAUGGAUUAGCUGCUCUGCAGUGGUCUAUCUGUCAAGAUUCAAUUAGCAGUCUGGCUGACGGGAGAAAAGAGGCUCAAUCCAUGUACGAGAAACUUCAGUCUCAUCCGAAUGCUAAAGUGAGCAAGAAAGCAAGACAGUUUUUGUUCAGUUUUCAGGCCAUGGAAAUGAUGAAGGUUAGAGGUUCUGAUUUCAUACCGAACAGCACAGACUACCAGGACUAUUUCGAGGCGUUCGUUGAAAAGAAAACCAACUAUCUUGUAGGAGAGGCCGAAAGCGCAGAAGGUGCAGUACCGAGUUUACCGACUCAAGCACUCCCUUACAUGUUUUUUCUAGUUUCUCCCAUAUUUUUAAUCUUGUUCAUGGCAAUUUCUAAAGGAAAUAUAAAUUAGAAAUACCAAGACUUCCAAUUAGGAUUUUUCUAAAGGAGUUAUACAUCAAAAUGUAUACGCACAUAAUUAGGUUGUUUCUUUGUAAUAUUGGUUGUUAAUAAUUUAUAGUCUUAUCUUAUUUUA